GGGAGGGGGAGAAGGUCGGGCUCCAAGAUGGCGGCGAUGGCGGAGCUGUGGGCGAGCUGGGCCCGGCUGCUCCGCCGCUCCCUCCCGGCCUCGGCCCCGGCCCGAGGGCUCCGGACGGAGCCCUGGACUAAGCGCUUGGAAUGGACAGUUCGGCAACAGGUAGAGAGCAUCUCUGCCCAUCAUCAUCCCCCGACUCGGAAGCCCGAAAUCCUGGCAUCACCUUGGGGUCGUGUCUACCAGAUCCGUCGUGUGGCACUCUCCCAAGUGCUUAGCACAGUGUUCUGCACAAAUGGUGGAGUCUCAAGAAGGGAAGACUACUAUAAUCGAAGGCCGAAUCACGGAGAAGGCCAAGCCCCUCCCGGAACCCCCCAACCCUUCCGGCCAGUGCCCCAUCUGCCGCUGGAACCUGAAGUACAAGUACAGUUACGAGGACGUCCUGUUGCUGAGUCAGUUCAUCCGCCCUCACGGCGGGAUGCUGCCUCGGAGGGUGACCGGCCUCUGUCAGGAGGAGCACCGCAAGAUUGAGGAGUGCGUGAAGAUGGCCCACCGGGCAGGUCUGCUGCCAGAUCACAGGCCCGAGCUGCCCGAAGGGUUCGUGCCCAAGAGCAAACCCCAACUCAAUCGGUACCUGACCCGCUGGUCCGCCCGCUCCGUCAAGCCCAUCUUCAAGAAGGGCCCGCGCUGGAACCGAGUGAAGAUGGCCGUAGGUUCGCCCUUGCUCAAGGAUAACGUCAACUACUCCCGCAAACCCUUGGUCUUCUACCAGUGACGACCCCCCACCCCACCUGCAGCGGCCCCGGGGAGGAGGAAGAUCCCACCCGGCGCGGCCGUGACGUGACCGGCGUGUCCCGGGUCGGGGGCCGGCAGCCGGCCGGGGAGGCGGAGGGGAGGGUGAGCCGCCUGGCCCCUUCCGGUCGGUCGGUCCUGGGAUUGGGGGACGGAAGUCUCACCCGAGGACCGUCAUAAAGCUCUCUCCUGCGCUCCCUCCUC